UUUAAAAAAUACUGGAACCAGCCAAUAAAUGUUGUGUUUUUUUUAAUACUAGAUUAUGAACUCCACCAAUGUUGGUAAAAACGUCAACAUGCAGAGGAUAUGGCCUCAGUGUCCUCCAUGGCAGCCAGAAUGACGAGCCUCCAGCUGAGUGCGAAGGAGGAGAUGGUGGAGGAGUUUCUGGAUGCUGCAGCCAGAGGAGACCUGGCCCAGGUGUCCACGCUGUUGUCCCAUGUCCCCUCGCUCAUCAACCAGACAGGAAAUAGCGGCUGGACAGCGCUGAUGCUCGCUGCUCGCAACGGACACUACUAUGUGGUGGAGGCCCUGCUGUCCCAUGGCUGUGACAAGUUCUCAGUGAACAGUUCGUCCCAGACCGCUUACGAUAUCGGCAAGUUCUGGGGCCACCGGCACAUCUCCGACCUGCUGGGACGGACAGACGACAGUUGCCAGCAAGUCCUGCCGGGCUCUGAUCUCAACCAGCAGGAGAACUACUUCAGCAGAGAGACGCUAGACCGGCUGAGUGGGAAGAGGACGGACAAGGUUUGGUUGGAGGAAAAACAGAGCGACCCAAAUACAGUUUACCUCCUGUUCUCCAACCUCAACCCCAUGGUCAACAGCUCUCAGGAGGAUGACGAUGCAAAGGUUGAGACAAAGCUGUGUCGGUUCAGAUAUGAGGCAGUUAAAGACCUUCUCCAGAAACCUGCGACUGUGCUCAUUUUCCUUGGAGUGGAGAAGAGGAAAAAACCCUCCUCUUCCAACUCCUCUCAGACAGUGGAGGGUGUCCUGGAGCCUCCUGCCUGGUUUGCCAUAGGCACAGAUGAAGACGCUGCUGAACUUUUUAAACGCUGCAGAGAAAAGAACUGCUCCUUCCCAAAGAUGCCCAACAGAGACCUGCUGAAAUUCAGUGAGGAAGAGGCCGGAAUUGUGGCUCAGGCUCGAUCGGUGUUGUCCUGGCACAGCCGUCACAGCUUCUGUCCAACAUGUGGUAGCAGCACCAAACUGGAGGAGGGAGGAUACAAGAGGAGCUGUCUGAACUCCGACUGCCGGAGCCUGAAGGGGGUUCACAACACCUGUUAUCCACGAGUUGACCCAGUGGUCAUCAUGCUGGUGAUCCACCCUGAUGGAAACCAGUGUUUAUUGGGAAGGAAGAAGAUCUUCCCAGUCGGCAUGUUCUCUUGUCUGGCUGGAUUCAUAGAGCCUGGGGAGACGAUCGAGGAGGCGGUGAGGAGGGAGGUGGAGGAGGAGAGUGGUGUGAAGGUCGGACCGGUCCAAUAUGUCUCCUGCCAGCCCUGGCCGAUGCCCUCCAACCUCAUGAUUGGCUGCCUUGCUGUCGCCAUAUCGACCGACAUCAAAGUGGAUGAGAAUGAGAUCGAGGAAGCCCGGUGGUUCCCACGGCAACAGGCAAUUGAGUCCUUGCUCAGAGGAGCCUCUCCGGCCUUCACCGUCCCUCCCAGACAGACCAUCGCCCACCAGCUGAUCAGACACUGGGUCAGCAUGACCUCUAAUCUCUAACACUUGACCUCCCAGCCAGCUUAGGCAGACUGUAUGGAGGUCUGCCUAAAAAAAAAAAAAGCAGCAGCUGUGUGAACUGUUACUGCUUUAUUACAACAAACCAGCUGCCAGUCAAGGGAAUCACCAGAUUCCUCAGGUUGUAUCCAAAUCAUUUCAGUGCAGUGCUUGUGUCAGUUCAGAUCUCAGGUUUAAUUUUACACUUGGGAACUUGCUGUGUGACAAUGGAUCUAAUAACAGACAAGUAAAGGUUAGGAAGAAAUGGAGAAAGUACAUACUGUUAGAGACCAGACAAAUGCAGAAAGCUUAAUAUCUGCAAGCUGUAUUUACAUCACUCAGCUAUUAACAGAAACAGUUCUAUGAGCCAAGUGGACCGUGGCUACAUUUCCAGAGUUCAGAUAAAUUAUAACACCACAGACAUUUAAAGAAUAAACCUUCUAUUAUACAGUAACAAAAGAAACUAUUUUGAUGUUGAAGCAUGAUGACAUUUUUACAAUUAGACAAACUUUUUCAGGAAAGAGUUUCAGGCAUCAGCUUUGUCGGAUGGAUUUCUUUCUCAAAUCAAAUGUCAGCCAUCUGUAUUUAUGAAGUGUAGUCUAAUACAGUACACUUAGCUAAGAAGAUUCAUUAAUUGAUUAUAAGAGCAAAACAGAUUUUCUGCUAAUCUAUGCGGUAAUGGAUUAAAUUUUAUUUAUAUGGUGCCAAUUCAUAACAGAAGUUAUCUCACUGCAGUUAUCAUGUAGAGCAGUUCUAGACCGUACUCUUUGAGAGGGUUGACAGGAUGAUGCCUGUACAAUUUCACUACACCAAAGUCAAAACAGCAAAAUGGCUGAUCGUUGACGCUGAUGUACAACCUUUCCAUAAACUGAAAUGAACAGGAAAUAUUAAAUUGCUUAAUAUAAGUACUUCUCAUUGUCUGUGGCAGCAUUUUGUCUAACAUGUCACUGUUGUAAAAGUAAGGAUGUUAACAUGGUAAACAUUAGUAUGGCAACACAACUGUAUGCAUGUUUUCCCCCCCUUGUAUGUGCUGUCAUGCAACAAAAGUCCUUGUCAGAAUCCAGGAAUGUUUUGGUCACCUGUGUCUUGGACUGAUUAGACCAUGGUAAAAUAAUAAUAACCAUGCUAUCAAGCUAACAUUCAUUUUAUGGGUUAUUAUGCAAACGUUAGCGUGAUAAAGUGCUAAAUGUUUCCUGGAAAACAUUGAAAAUGUUAACACUGGCUAUAGUGGCUAACAAGCAAACUGAGCACUUUCACACCAAAACCAGCUUUUGUGGCUAAAGUUCAACUAACUGAACUUUACCACCAAAUACACUGAUGCCCACAACAUGUUUAAUGCAUUUGCAGCAACAGUUUUGCUGUAAAGAAGAAUGGUGGAAAAGUUUAUUUUGUGUAUUUUCCUGACGAUGAAUAUGCAGAGUUUUGUAACUCUGUUCUUUGAUCGUACUUGAGUGAAAAAUCAAGAGGACAAGGAUACCAGAAGAAACUCAAUAUUGUGAUGAUUCACAUUCACAGUCUGUUGCAUUCUAAUUAGCUACUUUGUAGGAUUAUGUGUUACUCUUCGUUCUGCAUACUACCUCACACAAUUGUUGUUUUUACUCAUCUCGUCUCGUCUGAAAGAGGCGUCACAGGUUGGGCUGUAGCCUCUUCUUAUUUUUCCAUCUGUGCCAUUGACCGAGCAUGGAGUACUGAAGUUGGUGGUUCUGUCUGCAGGUUUUUCAGUAAACAAACUGUUUGCUACAUAAGUAGGCUCGCAGAUCAGAUAAGAACAGUUGCUCCGUCCACUCACUGUUUCAACAUCUUUUUUCCCCAGAAAGGAAGAGUUUACUUCAUAUUCUGCCUCACAGGUCAUCUGACAAGCACAGUGACUGUUUGUGUUAGCCGUGAGUUCACGAAAACAGCAUUUUACAGCAGUUAAUUUCUGAUGUGACGUCUCUGAAAAGUCAGCCUGUCUGCUCUCUUUCUGUGGAAACCAGCUGUUAGCUUCAUGUGUCUGAUGCAGCAGAGCAGCGUCAGCCUCUCGGCUCUCCUCAGAUAUGAAAACUGUGUCAGGAUGACAGCAGUUCACUGUGUAGUCAGGGUGACAGGAGGACUGGGCACAAGCUAGUUGAUGCUCUGUGGUUAUUGGAGCGUCAGAGACAUACUCUGUGUCCAGUUCGAGGGUCGACAGUCUGACGAUGAGGUGACUGAUCAGCAGCACAGAGGUGUCUUCAUGUAGGUCCUCUUCUGAGGAGGGCUGGGAGUUAGGACGGACAAUGAUAGGGCUUCUCUCCCCGAGCAUGUCCGCCACCUGGAAGUCCUCUAUGUUCAGGAUGUUUCUCUCUGCAGUUUUCUGUUGAAGGGAAUAAUGGACUAGAUUUCAAUCAGGUAGGUGGAGUUAAUGGAUUUAAAGUGUUGCUGAUAUAAAAAAAGCUUAGAUUUAUGGCAGGAUAAACUAAAACUUUUGACUAUUAUACUGCUCAAAACAGAGUACUUCAUUUGAGAUGUAAUGGACUAAAGAUGAAGACACCAGAUCUGUCUGCGAAUUUUUUUUUUCCAUCAGAUUGAUUGAACGAUGCAGUCUUAAAAACAAGACAUUCAAUGGCAUAUCAUAAAGCUUCAGUGAAGAAUUGGAACAAACUUACCUAAUUCACUUCUAAAUGUCAUGAAAAUUAAGAGUUAAAUAAAGUCUGGUUACAGGGAUGGAACCGAAAAUCUGUCAUACUGUAAUUCUAAAGAAAUAACUGCCUUAAAUCAAGUUAAAUAUUUGAUUUAACUCGACAAAGGAAAUUGUUAUUGAACAGAUAAAUUUUAGACGACUCAAAGUUUCAUGCUGUAAAAACUACUCUAUCUGUCAUGAUCCUGUCUGUGUUUCUUGUUGGGGAGUCUGGGUUUUAGUUCUAUAUCUUUGGAUUUUGUGUUUUCCCUUGCCCUUGUGGAUUCUUCUUUGGACUCAGCCACUGCUUGUAAGUGCGCUCACCUUUGGUUUGUUUAAAUAAAUCUUUGAACUAUA